CCCGCGCGCUCGGUGGUGCCACUCGGGUCCCCAUGAGCCCGCUUCCCCCCGGCGCCCGGGCGUCCCGCAGCCCCUGACCUGCCCUGUCCUCGCCAUGGCCGAGGCGGCCUCGGGCGCCGGGGGCACGACCCUGGAGGGGGAGCGGGGGAAGAGGCCCCCGCCCGAGGGCGAGCCUGCGGCGCCUGCGUCUGGAGUCCUGGAUAAACUAUUUGGGAAGAGGCUCCUGCAGGCUGGCCGCUACCUGGUGUCCCACAAGGCAUGGAUGAAGACGGUGCCUACCGAGGACUGUGACGUGCUCAUGACCUUCCCAGACACCACUGAUGACCACACGCUGCUGUGGCUGCUGAAUCACAUCCGAGUGGGCAUCCCCGAGCUGAUCGUGCAAGUUCGCCACCACCGCCACACGCGUGCCUAUGCCUUCUUCGUCACAGCCACAUAUGAGAGCCUGCUCCGAGGGGCCGACGAGCUGGGUCUGCGUAAGGCAGUGAAGGCCGAGUUUGGCGGGGGCACCCGCAGCUUCUCCUGCGAAGAGGACUUCAUCUACGAGAACGUGGAGAGCGAGCUGCGCUUCUUUACUUCGCAGGAGCGGCAGAGCAUCAUCCGCUUCUGGUUGCAGAACCUACGGGCCAAGCAGGGGGAGGCGCUGCACAACGUGCGCUUCUUGGAGGACCAGCCAAUCAUCCCGGAGCUGGCUGCCCGAGGCAUCAUACAGCAGGUGUUUCCGGUCCACGAGCAGCGCAUUCUGAAUCGUCUCAUGAAGUCCUGGGUGCAGGCCGUGUGUGAAAACCAGCCUUUAGAUGACAUCUGUGACUACUUUGGGGUGAAGAUCGCCAUGUAUUUUGCCUGGCUGGGCUUCUACACGUCGGCAAUGGUUUACCCUGCUGUCUUUGGCUCUGUUCUGUAUACAUUCACUGAGGCGGAUCAGACAAGCCGGGAUGUCUCCUGUGUUGUCUUCGCUCUCUUCAACGUGAUCUGGUCAACACUGUUCUUGGAGGAGUGGAAACGGCGGGGAACCGAGCUAGCUUACAAGUGGGGGACACUAGACUCACCUGGGGAAGCUGUGGAGGAGCCACGACCCCAGUUCAGGGGCAUCCGUCGCAUCAGCCCCAUCACUCAGGCUGAGGAGUUCUACUACCCGCCCUGGAAGCGAUUGCUCUUCCAGCUGCUCGUCAGCCUGCCUCUGUGCCUGGCCUGUCUUGUCUGCGUCUUCGUACUGAUGCUCGGCUGCUUCCAGCUGCAGGAGCUGGUCCUGAGUGUCAAGGGUCUGCCCCGCCUGGUUCGAUUUCUGCCCAAGGUCAUGCUGGCCCUGCUGGUCAGCGUGAGCGCCGAGGGCUACAAGAAGUUAGCCGUGUGGCUCAACGACAUGGAGAAUUACCGGCUAGAGAGCGCUUACGAGAGGCACCUUAUCAUCAAAGUCGUCUUGUUCCAGUUUGUCAACUCCUACCUGAGUCUGUUCUACAUCGGCUUCUACCUCAAAGACAUGGACCGCCUGAAAGAGAUGCUGGCCACUCUACUCAUCACCCGGCAGCUGCUGCAGAACGUGCGCGAAGUGCUGCAGCCGCACCUGUACCGCAGGCUGGGCAGCGGGGAGCUGGGUCUGCGCGCCGUCGGGGAACUGGCUCGGGCCCUGCUAGGCCUGCUGAACCCCUUGCGCCCGGACCCCCGACGGCACCUGGAGGCCCAGGCUGAUGAGGGAGGAGUGGGGAGCCACAGGUGCCUGGGCGGAGGCUGCGGGGCGCCGGAGGAAGAGGAAGAGCCGGUGGUGGUGGAGCGGAGGCCCGCAGGGGAAGGCGGAGAGGUCCCAGAUGGGACUCGGGGUGGCAAGGAGGAGGAGGACGAGGAGGAUGAGGAUGAGGACGACGAGGACGACGAGGACGAGGGCGAGGAAGGCGGCCUCCUGGACUGCGGGCUGCGCCUUAAGAAGGUCAGCUUUGCCGAGCGGGGCGCAGGGCGGCGCAGGCCAGGCCCGGGCCCAGACGGCCUCCUGGAGGAGGGGAGCCCCACCAUGGUGGAGAAAGGGCUGGAGCCUGGCGUGUUUACGCUGGCUGAGGAAGACGAUGAGCCGGAGGGACCUCCCGGCAGCCCCGGGCCAGAGCCCCCGACGGUCUUACUCCGUCGCGCGGGCGGUGAGGGCCGAGACCAGGGUCCUGAUGGAGGCCGAGACCCGGAGACCGGCUCCGGCGACACGGCUGGGAGACAGAAGCACAACAGGUCCUCCUGGAUCGACCCGCCGGAGGAGGAGCAUUCGCCGCAGCUCACGCAGGCAGAGCUGGAGAGUUGCAUGAAGAAGUAUGAGGACACGUUCCAGGACUACCAGGAGAUGUUUGUGCAGUUUGGCUACGUGGUACUCUUCUCCUCUGCCUUCCCACUGGCUGCCCUGUGUGCCCUAGUCAACAACCUGAUUGAGAUCCGAAGCGACGCCUUCAAGCUAUGCACCGGCCUACAGCGGCCCUUUGGACAGCGUGUGGAGAGCAUUGGCCAGUGGCAGAAGGUCAUGGAGGCGAUGGGUGUGCUGGCCAUCGUGGUGAACUGCUACCUCAUCGGCCAGUGUGGCCAGCUGCAGCGUCUCUUCCCCUGGCUGAGCCCGGAGGGGGCCAUCGUGUCUGUGGUGGUGCUAGAGCACUUGGCUUUGCUAGUCAAGUACCUCAUCCAUGCGGCCAUCCCUGACAUCCCGGGCUGGGUGGCCGAGGAGAUGGCCAAACUGGAGUACCAGCGACGGGAAGCCUUCAAGCGGCACGAGCGCCAGGCGCAGCAGCGCUUCCAGCAACAGCAGCGGCGACGGCGGGAGGAGGAGGAGCGGCAGCGGCACGCGGAGCAGCAGGCGCGGCGGGAGCGCGACGCGGGCGGCCGCGAGGAGGCGCGCGCGGAGGCCCCGGGUCCCGACCCCGCGGCGGAGCGCGGCGCGGCCAAGGCCAAGGGCGGCGAGCGGCCCCGAAGGCCCGGAGCGCUGCUGCCGCCCGGCCCGGUGCUGCGGCUGAAGCAGAUCAUCCCGCUGCAGGCCCGGCCGCCCGCGCCCGCCGGCUGCGCGCCCCCGCCGCGCUCGCCCGCGGACACGCGCCUGCCCGCCUUCCUCAGCCUGCGCUUCCUCAAGGCGCCCGAGCGCGGCCCGUCCCCGCCGCGGCCCGGGAAGCUGUUCGCCUUCACGGCGCGCGAGUCCGCGGCCAACGGGGCCCCCGGGGGAGGCGCGCGCGCGCACAGGAGCGCCGGGGACGAGCCUGCGGCCGCCGAGCCAGAACCUCGGCCCGAGGACGCAGGUCACAGGCCUUAA